AUGGAGGGUCGUCAACGAGCUACACUAGGUGUUUCGGUCACCUUUUUCACCCUCGCCAGUAUCUUUGUUGCUCUUCGCUUCAUUUCGCGAAUAUUCGUGGUCAGAAGAAUCGGGUUACACGACUGGUUGAUGUUGGUCGCAUGGGUCACUAAUUUCGGCUUUUCCUUCUCAUUGUUCUUUGCUGUCCAGAAAGGUCUUGGCCUCCAUUCGAGUGACAUUAGGCCUGAAGAUGAGGGCGCCUUGAAUAAGGCCAAUUAUGCCUUCACGGUCCUUUACAAUCCAGCCUUGAUGGCCGUCAAGACCUCGAUUCUUGUCUUUUACCUAACGUUGACACGCAACCAGAAGGUCUUUCGAUAUGCGAAUUACGUCACUCUGUUCGUUGUGAAUGCAGCAGGCCUUGCGUUGACCUUGGUCAAUGUUUUUCAAUGCAGUCCUAUCGGAGCAGCGUUCCACGCUGACUCGCGUCAUGCGAAUUGCACCGACAUUGUCACCUUGUACCUCUCCUCGUCUCCGGUGAAUAUCAUUACCGAUAUAGUCAUUCUCUUGCUUCCAAUGCCGCUUUUAACGAAAAUGCGCCUUCCCUGCAAGCAGAAGAUCAUCCUGGUGAUCACGUUUUCUUUCGGUUUCUUCGUGGCUGUGGUCGACGUGGUUCGAAUUGCCUUUCUUCAGCGGGCCGCGAUAUCUCGUUCGCUGGAAGUCAAAUCGAUUCAUAUUCAAAAUGCCGGAGCGCUUGAUUUUAGUUGGUAUGCGUCGCUCUCUUUCAUGUGGUCGGUCGUCGAAGUCAACCUAUCGAUAAUCUGCGGUUGUGUCCCAAGUCUCAAACCUCUUGUCACACGACUUGUCCCAAAAUUGAUCAGAGACGGUAGUGGUACAUCAACUACUUCGCCUCAAGGAUUUUCUGCUGUGGAUCCUGGGGUGGCAGUGCCAUCGCCGGCCGCAUCCCCGGGGUCGCUAGAGCCUCCCACACCAUCUCCGUCUGGGAAUGAAGGAGACAAAGGUCUACAAAACCACGUGGGCAGCGUGUCCGCUGGCCGACAUGUCUCCCGGGACUCAGAGACCAUGGAUAUAUUGGAGUUUUUGGGUCAUCCGCCAACGGGGCCCCUCGAUACAGAGGGAGGAACUCAUACUAGCACGUCUUAUCCGCCCGACAUCACGUUCUUCGAUUUUGUUAAUAUGAAGAAACCUGCGAGUAUGGUCAAACUGAACAACAGAGAGUCGAUUGCGCCGAUCGCAAUGACGACUUUGCUGUUUUUUCUGUGGGGCUUCGCAUAUGGACUGCUGGAUAUUUUGAACUCGCAGUUCCAAAGUAUCGUACACCUCGAUACAUGGCAUUCCCUGGGCCUUCACGGUGCAUACUUCGGCGGCUAUCUCCUCGGCCCUUUGCUGGUUGGCCGGCCUGUUCUGAAAAUCUGGGGAUUCAAGGCCACGUUCAUAACGGGCCUAUGCAUCUACGCCUGUGGAACCCUUAUAUUCUGGCCCUCUGCCGUUUUGACAUCGACAACUGCGUUUAUUGUGUCGAACGUUAUCGUUGGCUUCGGUCUCGCUGUCUUGGAGACUGCAGCAAAUCCCUUUAUUGCUCUAUGUGGGCCCCUCGAGAACUCUGAGAUCAGACUUAAUAUUUCACAAGGUGUGCAGGCGGUCGGAAGUGUCUUGUCGCCGGUCUUGGCCAAAAGAGUUCUUUUCAAGGAUGUCCGGAGCGUCGCCUCUUUGGUUGACGUGCAAUGGACUUACCUUGGCAUCGCUCUAUUCGACGUACUGUUGGCAGUGGCGUUCUACUAUCUGCCAAUCCCCGAAGCCUCGGAUGAAGAUCUACAAGAGCUGGCAAACCGACGCCGAGAAGACAACAUGACCAAAGUCAUCGGUAUUCCGGUCGUUUGGCUUACUCUCGGCCUCGGAAUCUGGUCUCAAUUCUUCUACGUCGCUGGACAGGAAGUCCUCUCAUCGUCGAUUACCCGUUUUAUCGAGGCCACCCGCCCAGAUUCAUCACUUGGUGCGUUCGAUUUCCUGACUAUCGGGCACAGUGUUUUCGCCGUCGGUCGCUUCCUCGCCGCCUUUGCGCAGUGGUUCCUCAAACCGCGUUGGAUCCUGAUGGUCAGCUACAUCGGCAUGAUCGUUUUCGCCAUAUUGUGUAUGAAAACGACCGGCACAUCAGCCAUCGUCAUGGUGAUGUUGGUCUACCUCUUCGAGAGUGGUGCAUUCAGCAUCAUCUUCGCCAUCUCGCUGCGCGGCACAGGCCGGCAUACAAAAUCAGCCGCCGUUUUCAUGACAAUGGCAAUCAGCGGCGGUACCUUCUUCCCAUUCGCGAAGUACGCCGCAUACCUCGCACACGGCGACUCGUACUCCUUCUGUGUUCUCGUCGCCCUCUUCUGUGCCGGCGCCAUCUUCCCUAUCUACCUCAAUUUUGUGCCUGCGGUCAAAAAGCAAGUCGACCCUGUCCCGAACGAAUACCUCCGCCGACAUCGUCGCCGAAGUCGCGCUCCUGUCAACCCCAUGCAUCGUGAAAAGGAUAACCCAUCUCUUGGCGGUGUCCUUUCGCGUCCGCGCGAUCUCGUCUCAAGUCCAGACCAUUUACCCGACCUUCAGUUGCCAGAGGAGAUCCACCAGAACUCGCUUGACAAUGCCGUUCUUUCGGCGGCUAAAUCGAGCUCAACUGAAAGCUCGCGGAUUAACUCAAUCUCGCCUCGUAAUUCUGGCUCGAAGCACAGGUCUUCUGCUAGGGGCGACGACAUUUCAUGA